UAAACUAAGUUAAGAUUUACUUCAUUUGACUUCUCAACGAAACGAGAAUUGUAUUAUUUUGUGAAGGGUACUUACGAAUGAGAACUGACGUCUGCUUGGUCAUUUGCUUAAAUUUACAGUGUCCUGCCCGAGCCUACCUUUGUUACCUUUCGUUGUCACGCAACGAGUGUGCUCAUGGCACGCAUCACGCAUGUCACACAUUGACACUUGAUUGGCCGCGUUGUAUUGGUUAGAAAACAAAAUAUUAGAGCGAAAAGAAUUGGAAAAAAAAAAGGUCUUGAGUUGCUAAUAAUUUGGGGGGAGAGGCUACAUCUGCUCUGUCACAACUGUCACAACUCACAAACAACGCCCCGCGCCACCCAACUCUUCUCACUUCCCCACCGAGCAUCACGGGACGGCUUGCUUCAGGAUGGGUUCUGCUGGCCAGAAAAGGCAGAAACUUGGCAGUGAGCACACUAGCUCACCAGGGACCCAGUCCCAGUCAAACAUCUUCCUUGCUAAUAAACGUCUUCGUCUUCAAUUUCUUGAGCAAGUCAAUGAGUUGAAGGCUUGGAGUGUCACCAAAGAUCUCAAGGCAAUCACUGCCAAACGGCGUGAACUUUUUGGCAUCAUAGAAAGGCUACGACAAGUACCUAUUGAACAGCUUUAUUCCAGUCCAUUUCCCAAACCAUCAGAUGCAAGACUAGAUAACUUUGGAAAAAUGGAGAGCAGUUAUAAUCCAGAUAAUGUUAUCAACUUGGAUGCAGACGAAGAAAAUGUUGAAUAUCACACCCAAGUUAAUGCAGGCAACACUGAGGCUGAUUCAACAGCUUCCGCAGAUGAUUCAGGCGACAAGGACAGGGUUAAAUCCUUUGGUGAUGAGAAUUCAUCUUCUAAUCGAAAUGAUAAUUACAUCCAACAGAACCCGCUGCUCGAGCACCCUGUAGGACAUCAGGAAAUCACCAGGCCGGACAAUUGCAAUAGCAGUACUGAACCACAGGCUUUAGUUAAGCAAGUGAAGGACGCCAUGGACAAUGACAAUGUUUCUGCUGAAGCCAAAAAGAUUGUUCUAUUUGACUGCCACAGUACUUCUGAGCAGCAGCCAUUGAUGAAGCAAGCACGUGGAAACAUAAAGACUAAUACUGAGAAUGGUCUUAAAGAGAAAGGAAAGAUUGGAGGAACCAUAGCGAAACAUGUUGGUUCUUACGAAGUAUCUUGUGAAAUUCUACAAAAUGAACCACACAGCAACGAGGGCAAUCACCAUGAUAAUGGUAGCCCGGUUGGUGAGCUUGAUGAUCUGUGGAUAGGCAUGUCGGUUGCACUUGCAUGUUCAGAGAAGAACAAUCAAGUUAAUCUGAGUAUAGUUCCAUUUGUGAGUAACUCUGAGGAAACAGAGGAUGCAUGUAACCAUGACUUCCUAUUGAAAGAUGAUUUGGGCAUGGUGUGCCGUAUUUGUGGUCUGAUCCAGCAGCGCAUCGAUAAAAUUUUUGAGCAUUCAUGGAAAAAGCGCAAUCAAGCGUACAGAUCGUACCCAAUAAAACAAAGAAACUCUGGUGAUCCAGAUGCAACUAUGAAUGCUCUAGGAACUAUUUUAAGUGUUGCCCCUGAUACUCUGUCAUUGCAUCCUCAACAUUCAGAACAGAUGAAACCUCACCAAGUGGAGGGUUUCAAUUUCUUGAUUAAGAAUCUGGCAGAUGAGGACAACCCAGGAGGGUGUAUUCUAGCACAUGCGCCUGGUUCUGGAAAGACAUUUCUGCUGAUUAGUUUUGUCCACAGCUUUCUGGCCAGGUACCCUGCUGGGAGACCAUUGAUUAUGCUUCCAAAGGGUAUACUGGGAACAUGGAAAAGUGAAUUUCUCUGUUGGCAAGUUGAAAACAUUCCUUUGUAUGAUUUUUACUCCUCCAAAGCUAGUAGCCGACCUGAGCAGCUGAAAGUUCUGAAAUUGUGGGAAGAAAGCAAAAGCAUAUUGCUGCUUGGCUAUCAACAAUUUGCACAUAUAAUUUCUGACAACUCUUCUGAUAGAGAAACCAUAAUGUGCAAAGAGAAGCUGCUGAGGGUCCCAAGCCUUGUAAUUCUAGAUGAAGGCCACACCUCGAGAAAUGACCAAACAGACCUGCUCAAUGCACUUGAAACUAUUCGAACUCCUCGAAAAGUGGUGCUCUCAGGGACCCUGUUUCAAAACCACGUAAGUGAGGUCUUCAAUAUUUUGAAUCUUGUCCGACCCAGAUUCUUGAAGAUGCAGAGAUCACGUGCAAUCAUGAAGAGUAUACUGACUAAGUUGGACAUGUCAGGGAUGGCUAUACGAUCGAAAAUGAUAUCAGAAAAGGUUUUCUUUGAAUUGAUUGAGGAGAAUCUUCAAAAGGAUUCCAAAACAAUGAGGGUGAUGAUUAUCCAGAAUCUACGUAAGCUAACUGAAAAUAUUCUCCACUACUACCAAGGUGAGAUCUUGAAGGAGCUACCUGGACUCGUGGAUUUCACAGUUUUGCUAAAUAUGAGUAGCAAACAGGAAGAUAUCAUCAAAGGUUUGGCAGGACUUAAAAGAUUUGAAGCACAUGCAAAAUGCAAUGCUGUUUCACUUCAUCCGUGCUUAAAGGAUGUCAAGAUUGUUGACAAGAAAAAUAGGAACAUCAAUAAAAGGAUGAUGGAUUCAAUAGUAUGUGGAAUUGAUAUCAGUGAUGGGGUGAAGGCAAAGUUCAUACACAAUCUGUUGUCACUUUCAGAAGCUGCAGGAGAGAAGGUACUUGUGUUCAGCCAGUAUGUUCGCUCUCUUCAUUUCUUGGAAACGUUGUUCACCAAAAUGAAAGGAUGGAAACCAGGAGUUAACACUUUCCUCAUGGAUGGCAGUUCAACUCAAGAGCAGCGAGAGCAAGCAAUUGAGAGGUUUAACAACUCACCUAAAGCUAAAGUCUUCUUUGGUUCCAUCAAGGCUUGUGGGGAGGGAAUCUCCCUCGUUGGUGCAUCCCGCAUUGUCAUUUUGGAUGUUCAUGAGAAUCCUGCUGUGAUGCGCCAGGCAAUCGGACGGGCAUUCAGACCGGGGCAGUCUAAAGUUGUGUACUGUUACCGCCUUGUUGCUUCUGGCUCGUCAGAGGAGGAGGAUCACUACAUCGCCUUCAAGAAAGAGCGAGUGUCGAAGCUGUGGUUCGAGUGGGAUGAGCUCUGUAGCAAUGAGGAUUUUGAGCUGGCCAAGGUUGAUGUUUCAGACUGCAAGGACAUGUUCCUUGAAAGCCCUGCGCUACAAGAAGACAUCAAAUCCCUAUUUAAGAGGUGAAUGUGGUAUGUGAGCAUUGAUGCUGACAGUGUGGCAAGUGACUCUACAGUACAGUUGACUAAAUGUUGGACAGUAGAACGAACGAACAAAGGUAGGAAAGUAAAGUGAAGCAUUACAGAAGUGUUAGGCAAAUCCGGUGCGGUGUGUGUUUGUAUAAAGCUGUACAAAUAUAUUGUAGUACAAGCGUUAUCACUAACUAAUGUAAGAAGCAACUGCUUUUGGUUGAAAUCUUGUGUUUGUGAAAUGUGACCAUAGGUUUAUCGACAUAUUGGUUAUAUUGUAUUUGUAUGUUGAAUUACUGGACACAUGAACAGCUGCAGUUGUGCAAGUACUAUAUUUCUGUGCUGCCAGUUUGUGAUGAAUGAACAUUCAGGUAGCCAUAUGGAAAGCUUAUAA